AGAGAGGGAGGGAGAGAGAGAGAGAGAUAGUUGCACAAUCAGCGCUCCAAACGGACUCCGCUAAAAAGAAAACACAGAGGAAGAAGAAGCAGAAAACCCUCAGCAGCUCCUCCAGCUCUGACAUCCAAACCGUCACUGCAAUUGGAUUUUAUUUGCAUCUCGAAAGUCUUUGUGUUGUCAAGAGUUCGGAUUAAUUUUUGUGUUUUUUUCUUCUUGUUUUUCUUCUCUUUUUUUUUAAACAUACAUAGGCCUACAUAUAUAUUUUUUUGUUUUUGCUUUACUCGUGAAAGAAGACAUGCAUCGGUGCACAGCGGUGCUGCUGUUGUUAGUGGUGGCCUUGUACGUCCUGAGCACAGAAGCCUACAAGUGCAGGUGCACCCGAAAAGGACCAAAGAUCCGGUACAAGGAUGUGCAGAAGCUGGAGAUCAAACCCAAACAUCCAUUCUGCCAAGAGAAGAUGAUAUUUGUGACGAUGGAGAACGUGGCUCGGUUCAAAGGGCAGGAGUAUUGUCUUCAUCCCAAACUUCAGAGCACCAAGAAUCUGGUCAAAUGGUUCCGCAUCUGGAAGGACAAGCACAGGGUGUAUGAAGCCUAAAACCUCCCCAUGUGUGGAUCAAGUGAGACAAUAACAACAA